GCAAAGAGGAUGUUGGCUCAGAUGUGAAGUCUUGCCACACAGCUACAUAAGGACAGUUGACAGAAGUCAAAUCAUUUGCACGUAAAAAAUGCUGCAGCUCGUUGUAAUGGAUCUCUUGCUGCUUCCUCUCAUCAUUACAGGCCCCAGCGCUGAUGCUCAAGGUUUCGACAUCUCCUUCCCCUGUCAUGAUUUGGUCUGCUAUAACAUAUGGAGCUUUAGGAUAAGAAAAACUAGAGAAAACAUUGUCAUCAUUAGUAAUGGAGCGAUCAAGGAGGCAGCACAGAGCAAGGAGGACACAGAGUGCACGGUUCAUGUCCAACAUCUAACAGAAGACGAUGACAAAUAUUAUUGCAAGCAAGCAGUUGAUGACUUCACCGCCCAAAAGGACGCCCCAGCGGUGAACUUGGUUCCAGGCAAAAUGGCAUCUUUCCAGUGCGUCCUGCUGUCCUUCUUGAAGUGCGGGCUUUGCAACCUGCGGCAAAAGGAGGUGCGCUUGGCAUGGGUGGACCAGGCUGGCGUGGAGCUCCAGGACGACUCUCGGCAUGACAUACGGUAUAAAUCGAGCUGUCACAUCACGUUGACUGUCACCUUGCAAGGUCCUGGCAGGGAGACGUUCAAUUGCAGGGCCGAGGUGGGAGACAGUUUUUGGAUUUCAGAGGAGCUGCGAGUCCAACUAACAGCUACCAGAGGGAAGGGAAGAGGAGGCUUCAACGUGGAAGGAGAACCUCAGGAAUCCCGGCACUACCAAGUCAGCGUGGUCGUGGGCGUGCUGGCCUGCGCGACGUUGACCACCUUUGCCGCCGUGUUUGUGGUGAGGCGAAGAAGGAUGACCCAUGUGUCCGAGGCGUCCAUCUCCUGUCCCUCAAACAAUGUUGAGGACGAUGUCGUCUACGCCGAUGUUAUCCUCCCUGCCAGCGCUGAGAGAGUGUCUUUCUGCGAGGACGACGCCACCGAGUACGCCUGCAUUCGUUACCAGUAAUGUUGCACAACUUUGACUUGUUAUUGCAUUUAUCAUCAUGUCUACCUCAAACACCUCAGUUUAACUUCCAUUUUUAGGGAGAUUGGACAAAAAAUAAUCACUUCCUGUUUAAUCAUAUAUUGUUAUCAUCUGUAUUUUUUUUCAAAUAUACAAUAUUUUCACAGUU